AUGUUUCGGCCACGCCAGAAAAGAACCGCUCAAAAAGCCGUUGGCUCCGGAGGAAAGAAGCCUCGACUGUCCAAGGCCCCUAUGUACACUCCGCGGCGAGAAGUUCUGUACCGUGGAGGUAAUAAAAAAGGCAAACAUGACCAUUGGGCAGCCCUGGGAGCCUGGUUCCUAGGGCCCAAAGCGGAAAAUGGAGAUGUGUUUAGAGACCUUUUGACGGGAGCUGUCGACCAUCAUAUCGCAUUUCGUCACAACUAUUUCCCCUGUGAUCCACCGUAUGUGACGGAUGAGCUCCGAGAGGCUGCAUCUUUUAAGAAUUCCAUGGAACAUUUGAAGACAGAAGUGGACAACUUGCAGAAAGACCUGGAGAAAUCUGUGCCAUUUUUUAGCUCUAGAUACAAGGGACACGUUCUUUGGGAGACAGCCAUGCCAGCUAACCUUGGCUAUAUGACUGCCAUGUUGUUUAACCAGAACAACUGCGCAGCAGAGGCAUCGACUGUUACCACAAAAUUCGAGGUGGAAGUUGGGAAGGAUUUGUGUAUCAUGAUGGGAUAUGAUGGCGAUAAAGCCAUGGGUCACCUCACUGCUGGUGGGUCUGUGGCCAACAUUGAAGCAAUUUGGGCUGGAAGAAAUGUCAAAUACUUUCCAUUAGGAUUGCAGGAGGCUUUGCUGAAGGAAGAAAAACUUGCUGCUGCUAGAAGUUAUAAGAUAACCUUUCCUCAAAGAGGAGGAGAAAAAGGAGAACUUCAGAGUGCUUCCCAAUGGGAACUCCUCAAUCUUGACGUCGACACCAUUCUAAGAAUGCCAAAAGACAUGGAAGAUUUAACUGGUCUCCAGCAUCAAGAGUUCAUGGGCGUCAUGGGCCAGUAUCUCUAUGAAUCUGUUGGAGCGCAAGAGUUUGCUCGCCGCCACAUGUUGACACAGAGUCCUUGUGUGAUUGUACCAAGCACAGCACACAUAUCCCUUACCAAAGCAGUUACAAUUCUAGGACUGGGACGAGAGAGCCUCGUCACUGUGGCAGUUGACGAAGAUGCUCGGAUGGAACCAAAGGAUCUGGAAAGAAUUUUGCAGGAAAAACUAAAAAACGAGAUUCCGGUGAUUACAGUUGUGUCUGUUAUGGGUACAACAGAAGAGAGCGCGGUGGAUCCACUCGCAGCGAUUUUGGAACUUCGAGAAAAGUUUAGAGCUAAGGGCCUUUGCUUCAGCUUGCACGCGGACGGGGCUUGGGGAGGAUACUUCUGUAGCAUGUUACGAGAUCCUAAGAGUAACCUUGUAGCCGCUGGUAGCGAGGGAUUUGUUCCCGAGUUGUGGCUGAGUCCAUAUGUUAAAGAGCAGUUGUCAGCCAUGGACCAGUGCGAUACCAUCACUAUUGACCCACACAAAUCUGGCUUCUGUCCUUACCCCGCUGGAGCAUUAUGCUACAGAGACAAGUUGAUGAACACCUUUCUUCAGAUCACCACCACUGUUGUGUAUUAUCAUGGAGACAUGAGACUUGGAGACAUCGGUAUCGAAGGAUCCAAACCAGGAGCUGCUGCCGCUGGGGUCAUGUUGGCAAACAGGGUCAUCGGUCUCGACAAGAAUGGCUACGGUCGUAUCCUAGCUGAAUGCAUGUUUACUGCCAAGAUCAUGUACUGCCUGUGGGUAACACUAGCUCAGGACGAUGACACCUUUGUCUUGGAAACGACGAAAUCGCUUCCAAAAAUAUACAAAAAGAUGUCAGAAAAGCAGCAAAAGGAGUUUAUUAGAGAGAGGAUUCUGGGGAAAAGCAACGAAGAACUCGUUAAGGAUGAAGAAGCUAUGGAGUAUCUCCUGGAGGUUGGUCCCGACACCAUGAUACCGUGUUUUUCUGUCAACUUGAAAGGAAACAGAAGUGUUGAAAAGUGCAAUGAGAUCAACUUGGCACUAUUCCAGGACCUGUGUCACACAUCUAGCGAGCACACCGCGCGUCGAGUUCCAAUGAUUGUGACAGCAUCAAGUUUGGUUCCCCAUAAACACAGUGCUGCUGUUCUGAAUUUCAAGAAAAGAUUAGGGUUGGAACACGACAAUGACACACCUGUCAAAUACAUCAUCACAACCUGCAUGGAUCCAUGGGCCACGUCCACAGAAUUCUUAGACGACAUGGGUGACAUUUUGAGGAAUGCAAUCCUUAACGCAAUUGGAACGUGCACCGAUGCCAAAGUUCUCCACAACUUUGUCACCACAGGAGUUGUCAAUCAGGAGAACGAAGUGAUCGCAUCUUACAUCGGAGACUUCAACAAUGUUUCCAAGCAGUAUGACAACGUGGUGAAACUGAAGUUCCUCCAAGACAAAGACGCCGAAAAGUAUAUUUCCAUGCAAGAAAAACUGCCUAAGGCCAGCAGUGAGCCUCAGCCAAUCGUGUUUAGAAGCAAAAGACAAAGGUUCCACGAAAUCUUCUUUGAAGAGUCCGAGUACGCUGGUGAAAAGGAAGAGUUCGAUUGCUUCGUUGGUAUGCCUUCUGAUCAUGACAAGAAUCCAUUCAUGUCUGUAGAGAUGAAGAUCAUUGAUGUUCCACGUUACGAGCACUUUGACAAGGGCGAUUACCCAGAUCACGCUAACUACUUCAUGUAUGGCGACAAGGAGAGUGUGUUCCUGUUUCACAUUCCGACCAAAAGUCCAGAUUUCUUUCAGGUGGUUCAGCUUGAUGGCGUCCCUGAUCAUGUUGGCACGGAGAAGGUGGUGGACUUGUUGCUCAGAUAUGGAACCGAGGUGGAGAUUCCGAGCAUCUCUGGUUCACCAAAGAUUGAGCUUGGAGAGGUUCAAGACCCCUUGACCAAGAACAACUACGACAUCUCCUUCGUGGGAAUCGAUGGUGCGGAAGUCGCGUCCGAAGUGAAAAUAGCAAGGAAAAUCUGGUUUUCUGGAACUACCGUGUAAUGGUUAGACGUUAAAUGGGACUUCGUAUGGUUCACAGACUGUGAAAUUUCCUCAAAUUUUAUCUUUGUAGACACGAAAGUCCUUUUGUAAAAGUUCACUUUUCUUUGUGAGGUAUCCCUGCUGAUGUGUAAAUUCAGUUUUGCAAAAGUCUCCGAUCUACCACUCACUGACCAAACUGGGUGGCGAUAAGGUAAUACUUAAACGUUCGGUAUAAGUAUUCCCUGCCACCAUAAUGUAAGAGUUCACUUUUCCUUUAGCAUCUACUUAAACCCAACACUGUUAUAUUGCUUGUUCUUUCCUUGAUGUCAGGUCGGAAAAUAAAAUCUGUGCAGAACUACAUGGUCUUUUUAGCUGCGGUGGUAAUGUUUCGAUGUAAACCGUAGUACGUUUUCGACCACAGUUUAUCAUUUUUAAUUCUAAGAGAAAAACGAAGGGAAAAAUUAA